AUGUUUCCAAAUUGUAUUCCUCCUUCCAGGACUGAAUGUAAAAGUUUCCCUCAUUCUUCCAGGUUUCCUAGAUUUCCAGAGUAUCUUUUGUCAAAGCCUGAAGGAGUUGCUUUUGAGAUAAUCCUCGUAAGAACUUGUGAAUUCUUUAAGAAGAAGCUUGAACUAUGGGAAAAUGGUAGUUCAGGUUCUCAGAAGCAGAAUGAAGAUGGUUUCCCAAAAGGCAUGACAUUUGCUUUAGAGAGAUGGUCAAUUACCCACACAUCUUCAGCAGAAAGAAUUGAAACCUUUUCAGGAAGAGUGACAACUGCUUCUCCAUCUGAAGAGAAUGGAGAUAACAAUAGAGAAAGAGCUUUUUCUUCAUAUGAUGACUGUGAAUUUCAAGAAAGCAGUUUUUGUGAAAGUCACUCAUCUUCAGGUGGGACCAAUGCACCUUUGUCAGUAUUUCACUCAGAAGUAAAGAAAAUUUUCAUAAGCCAGAGAAAAGAUACGCAAAGUAAAUAUAAAGCAAUACAAUUUUCUUCUAGUAAUCUAUUUUCAAUAAUGAAAACCAACAGUACAAAAAACUCACUUCCUGAUGAUAUUAGUUUUCAAAGCACUUUUCAAUUUAUAAGAGAUAAGGAUCUCAAUGUGACACCAUGCCCCCUUGUCCAUUUAUUUCUUUCUGGCGACCAAAUUAGACAAGUAGAAGAAAAUAUAAGAAGAAAAAUCCCUGUGAACACCAAAGCUAUGUUAGUGAGGGAAGCUGAUUAUCUGCACCACAGAUUUCAGGAGCCAUUGAUUUAUAAUCUACAUUCUAAUCAAAUAUUUAUUCCUGCCAAAACACAAGAUACAUUCCUGGACCAAAAUGCCAUACAGAAUCAAAUGAUUCAUGAAGCACAUUUUACUAGACAAACACAACAGUUUAUUUAUAACCAAGAGUCAGUAGUCAGCAACCAGACUAGAGGUUUUGUUCAACCUCUAGAUUUUAUGAGAGUGCCAUUUUCUAGCAGCAUGCAAGACUCCUUCCAGGCCCAAAAUAUAGAUCAUAAUGAUAAGAGCCAACAUUUCAUCCACAUCCCAUGUAUUGUUGAAAUACAAGACUCUACCAAGGGCAAAGAGUCUGAUGAACACUUCAGUGACACCCAAUAUUCUAUUUGUUUUAAUGAUCCAAACAAGAGUAACUAUUUAGUCAAAGAGCAACAUAGUGAUUUCCAAAAUGCUGAAUUUCUAUCUUUAAGUCCAAAUUCAUUUGCCAAAGCUGUGUCACAACAAAACAUAAUGCCAGAAGCCCAGCAACCCAUGGCUUCAUUGGAUUCAAACCAGCAUUAUGCAUACAGUUCAAUGUCUCUUUCACCCACCAUUAAAAGGCAAAAGAGAAAGAUACCAGACAAUCAAAGAAAACUCAACCUUAAAGUUCCAUCUCUAAAAGCAAAGAAAACGUCUUGUUCACAGGUAUUUCCAAUCAUUGUAUGUCAUACUUCAGAAAAUAAGAUCGAGUUAAGAUGUAAGAAGAAGAAAAUAGUGCAUCAAAGGAAAAUAAUGUCAGAUAUAACAUUGUAUCUUAUUUCUAAGCUAAUCUCUAAGCUCAUCACUCCCCAUGUUAAAAAGUCUUUCUUAAAGAAUCUAGUGAUGGUCCUUCCAGACUUAAUAAAUUAUGAACAUUCUCUGCAGGAGCAACAUAGAUCACAAGAUACAGAAAAAAUCAAUUAUGCAAGUUCUACUGAUAGAGUAAGUUUGAGUAUUACUAAAGACAUAGAACACUCAUCCAUGGUCAACACUAAUGAACUGACAGCUCCUUCUUCAUUAUUUGAAGCAAAUGGAGAGAGGACUAGUGAGGACUCAGUUCAGCACACACUUGACCUGAACAUUCCAAAGCAUGAGGAGCUUUCAGGAAUGUUAUCAGAAACUCUACAGAAAGAUGUUUCAUUUCCCAAAAUAGAAUCACACAGAAUAAAAGUCCAGAAGGACAUACAAACUACAGAGAAUGUAGAUGAGUUAACAGUCAGUACACCAAACACACAAAGGUACUUUCCAAAAGAAAGAAUACAGAAUGCCAAAAAUUCAAUGGAAAUCAUUCUGAGCUUUUCGGGUAUAAAUUUACUUAUUUCUCUAGGAUCCCAAAAGCAUGCAAAAAAUGAAUUGAAAGACAUAAAUGUUCAAGUGAUUACAGGAAGCAUAAAUCUGAAGGAAGAGAAACCAUUAAUGAAUAAUAUUACAGACUAUGGUAAGCAAACUGACAGUGGAAAGCUGGAAUGCAACACUACAAGCAAUAAAAAAAAUAGACAUCAAUAUGAAAGGAUGUCAAGUACCUCGCAUAAUGCUCUGCAAACUACUAUCUCUGAACCCUUUGGUAUGGAAAUAUAUAGCAAAUUAAAAGCCAAGUCAGGCACACCAAUAAUAAAUUACAGUCACUCUGCACUACAAGAGAAACUACUAGAUGUAAAGAAAAUCCAGGAACUUGAGCAUACUGAUGAGAGCUCCACAUUUAGAAAGCCACAAGAGUGUGACAAGGAUAAAGAAGAAAAAAGUAAAGAAACAGUUCCACCACUGGCAGAAGACUUGGGAGUCAUUGUAUGUCUUAAGCAAAAGGUUGAAAAUGUCCAAUUUGAAAUGGGACAGAUACAUUCAGAAAAUAGAACAAUUCAAAGUAAAGGAGCACAGUCACAGGCUAUUUCUACACAGACAUUAUGGAAGACUGACUCAUGUGCUUCAACAGAUCCACUACAAGUUGAGAAAUUGUGGCAAAGGACAGACAAAUCUACAGACAGAGAAGAGGCUACAGGUCCCACUCACCUACCUUCAAUGCCAGAGAACUUGCCCACUAGUGAAUAUUUAAUUGAAACAACAGAAUGUGGCAUCCCAAUUGGUAGAAAGUCCACAAAGACAUUGGAUGGUCAUAUUACAGAAGACAAAGAAGAGUGGAUAAAAGACUUAUGUGCAGUUGCCACAGGACCUUUCAAAAUCAGAAAAAGGUCAUCAGGAACAAAAAAUGUACUCAGUGUCAAACAUGAAAUUAUAAAUGUGAAGAAAUCUGCAUUUUUCCAGAGACUUUGUAUUAGGGCAUAUGACACUCUGAUCCAUAGAAGAAAAGUGGGAGGCAGCUUUGAAAGCACUAUUAAACAAAUGCUGUAUAAUGCAACAUUGGCACCCAGGCCUCCGAAUGUUCAUCCUCAGAGGUCUAGCAUUCCCAAUAAUAAAAUAAAUAUCAAAGUAACACACCCAAAACCCCAAGUUGAAAAGAAAGGAAACAAUUUAGAGUCCCUCACUAAGGAAAAUGAAGCCAAAGAUGCUCUUGAAGUUCAAUCGUGCCACGGAGUGAAAGUGGUGGAACAGGCGCUGCAGGAGAGAGGGGACAGGAGGCGCUUCGGAUGGGAAGCACAGCCAGUGAAAGAGAUUAAAAUGGAGAAAGAAAUGUUUGAAGCAGAAUCUUUCACAGAUGCAAUUGAGAAGCCAGUUGACUCAAUAAGAAUGGAUUCACUUUAUGUUGCAAAUAUAAAGAAAACAUCUACACAAGCAGAGCUCCUAAAUUCUGAGGAAUUAAAGUUGGGUCCUCCAACAUCAGAAAAAUUACUGAUGGGAGACUCUCUGAGCCAAGCAAGAGAAAGCAAUGUUCCAAAUAAUGGAGAUGAUACAAGGGAAAUUAGUUGUAGUUUUACCCAAAAAGCUUUGUUGUGGCUUCUAAGUUACUGCAUACCUGUUUUGACUCGUUCUAAAAAGAAAAAAGACCGAACAAAAUUCACAAACAUAAGUAUGGUGAGGCUGAAGUAUAUGAAUAAGGUGAAACCACCAGCUUCAAAAGCAUUCAAUUUCAGAGGCAAUAUAAAGAAGUCAAAAUUAGACCUUAAGGCCAAAUUUAAAAAGAUAAAGCAAGAUAAAGCAUUUUUACCUGAAGGUCAAAACACUAUUUGCUUGACCUUCCAUAGCAGAUCACAAGGGCUGUUUCAUCAUGCUCAACUAAAGCAAGGAGAACUAGCAAGCAAAAUAUGUGUUGCUUGCAUUGCUGAGAAUAGUGCAUUCUAUGAUAGAGAGAAACAACCUCCAGAAGAGAAUCAAAACCCUUUUUUACAGGUACUUCAGCAUGACCAACACCUGUGGGCUGAGGAAGAUCAGAGGAAGAAAACUCUCCCAGACCUCUCACCCUCCUCUAUAAGUCAAGAACAACCUGUUAACAGUCAAAGUAUAAAAGUCCAAAAAGAUUCCCUGAAAAAUACUUUAAAGGCUAAUCUACAAAUGGACCCCCUAGAAGCAGAAGGAAUUCAGAAAACUACCAAAACAGAAAAUGGUGUAAACUUCCCUGUAGUUGCUAAAAUUUUAUUUCCUAAAGAAGGGACCUCUUCGCCUGGUGAAUUUGCAAACACAAUAGAUGAUGAUAAAGAAUUUAAUAAAAUCGCUGAAAGUGAGCUAGAUUUGUAUCCUGGAGUAAACAAUUCAGAGACAUCAACAAAUCUGCAGGUGACAUUCCUGCAGUCUUCUGACUCUGUUAGAAGAUACUUUGUUUCUAGACGUAAAGGAGAGAGAAAGACAACAAGAUCAAAGAAGCAGACACCAGUGAGUCAGAGACAUAGAACUAUGCGUGAAAUAAAAUCACAACAGACAGUUAACUUGAGGUACAGCAAAAAACUAAAAUGUAAGAAAGAAAUUAAAAAUUCACAGCAAAGGACUAACAUAGCAGCUGCCUGUUUGGACAUUGUUCCUUCCAAGGUACAUAUUUUGCCCAACAAAAACAUUAGCAGCUCAGAACUAUGGACAGAAAAACAGAGAAUAAGAACACUUGGUCAUUUGCAACUAAUGCAAGAGAAGUCAUCAAAUGGAAGAAAUGUACACUACCCAGGUUCUGCUGAUACAAGUAGUUUCUCUAGCAUGAAGAACUUUGAAGAAGAGGGGACAGAGAAACCAGAAGACAUCCUGAUCUCAAAAAGUAGUCCUUGCCUUAUAUUUGGUAUGAAUCAAGAAAAAUACCACAAUCUUUUUAGAUCAGACAAAGAACUGAACCAACUAGGGAGAACAACCACUCAGGUACAACCACAAUCACUCACAGAAGCUAUUUUGUGUUCUGCAACAUGUCCUAUCCCAGAUGAAUUUCAAUUAGAAAAGCUAGAGGCCUAUUUCAGUGCUUCCCCUUUAAAGUUUGGGGAAUCCAAGGACAAUGCAUUGUCUGAAAGAGAAUGUGAUCUGUUUAAUGAAAGACAACACAAUGAACACACUGGUGACAGUGAAAAGGAGGCAAAGGAACUAUCAGUUUCAUACAUUAAUCCAAACCAUGGUGGGGAAAUGAAAUGUUACUCAACCAAAAUGAAACACACAUAUCAGGAGAAAAAAAUUGUGGAUGAAACUUCCUCUUCAAAAAAUGUUGCACCUGAUAUUAAUAUGAGCAUCAAUAUAGAAAAAGAUUUACUGAGUAAAAAAGUACCCUGUUUUAUGCAAAUGAAAGAGAUACUGUGUGAUAAAGGGAAGGUUACUUCAGAUGAUAUCAAAGAAAUUGAUAUUCAAGAUAAAGAAAAAAAGCAAAAUGAUGACGACACAUUAUCAAUGUCAUUCCCACAGCAUAGCCAACAUUUUGUAUUUUAUUCACAUCCAAGCAGGGAUCCUAACUCUCAUAAAGUAGUGAAACAAAGAGGGACAGACAUUCUGUUCAUUGUGGAACAAGAUGUCACACAGCAGAGUCAGUCAGCAGAUAAAACACGAGAGUAUGACAUGUAUACAUCAAUUUCAAAGCCUCAGUCCCUGAAAUCAGAAGAAUCACAAAUAGAUGUAGUUAAGACUGAUAGAACAAAAUAUCACAGUCCAGAUGAUAGAACUCAGGCACAGGAAUUGAACAGUUGGGAUAGAUUAGAUAGAAAUGAGCUUAAAAAUUAUCUCCAAGCAACCAUCUCAGAGUCUUUGAAUCUCUCAACUCUUGAUAUACAAAGAUCUAAAAGACAGAGCAAGGUAUUUACAUACAAAGCCUUACAAGGUAAAAUGCGUUCAACUGGUAUAACUAUGAAAGGAAGAAAAGCAUUUGUUUCAAAGGUAUUGACUAUUCCACAGUGUGGUCAUAGAAAAAAUCUACUUCCAAAAACCUUGAAAUCACAGAUUUCUGAAUUAUUAAUAUAUUCUGGUGUCUUACCUGAUAGCCUUAAUAUAAUCAUAUUGGAAGACCCGACAUCAGAGAAAAAUAAAAGAUUAACACAGAAUUUGGCAGCAAUAAAGUUAGAGACUAUGAGUUUGUCCACACCUACAUGUAAAGAAAGUAAGAAUUUAAAAUUCAUGGACAAGGGAGAUGAAAUGAAUACCAAUUAUCUAACUGUUAAAGCAAGUAAGGCAUCAAUUUCUCAGACACCUGUUACUGCUGGAUGUGGAACACCAAAACCUGUAGCAGUUUCAUCCCUAAAUGCUAUCUUGUCUCCUAUGCCUGUGCCUCUUGAUGUUAGCACAUGUAAUGGAUUAAAAGACAGGGAUAUAAUGUGGACAACGAAAUCUAGUCGUGAACUUCAUAACCAGUCAGUACAUGAGGAGAGAUCUUGUCAUGCACAUUCCACUGACAAGGAUGCUACUUCAAAUGGCACCAAAGAUAUAAAAAGUCAAGAUGAAAAAGAAAACCCACUGAGUUCCCAGCACUUCAAUUUCAGUUCUCAGAAUAUGGCAGGGCCUAAUUCUGUGAAAUCUGAUUUACAGCUGAUUGAUUCAGCAACAUGUUUUGAGUUAGAGAGAGCUGUUUAUGAUGGACAAGCACAGCCAGUCAAUGUAAAUACCCAACAAAGCAGCACAGGAGGUGUAAUGUUGCAACUUCUAAAUACAGAGGAAUCUGAGACUGGCUCCAUACCAUGUAACAACACCUGGGAUGGAAAUCCCAGGACAAAGUGUGACGACCUCAUAGCUGAACAAAAAGCAUGGAGCCUUGAGAACUUGAGAACUUUGAAACCUUUACAGGAGCCCAGCCUUAUGUCGAUGGGAAAAAAAAGUGAGAACUACACUUUUUCAGGCAAAAGACUGGUGAGUCCCAUGACAAAACAAGAUUCAAGGUUGCUUAAUAUUGCAAGGCAGAGCACGAGAGUCAGUAGAAAAAAAAGGCACCAUAAUAAUAAGCAUCAGUUGAGAAAGAUGAUGCAUGUGCAAGAGGCACUGUAUCAUGCUAUUGAAGAUGCUGAGAUUUGUCCACUUGAAUUCAUGACUGAUGAACUGUUAGUUGAUACAGCAGAAAGGACUGCUUUUUAUAGCAGAAUACCUCAAAGAUCUGUGUCAGAGGAAAAGGAAAAGUUGCAAGCAAACUUAGCCACAACUUUCUUCGGACCUUACAAUUGCUUCAUACCUACUUUAUUUGACUUUAAAAGACAAGUAAACAUGAUUAAAUUACCAGAAAGUGAUACCGUGUUGAAUCAAAGAUUUUCAACUAUGAAAAAAAGGAAGCUAUCAGUUUCAAAGAUAAUUAAAAUAAAUAGAUACUUUAUUACAAAGCAUAAGAAAGUUAAAUUAAGAGCCAAAAUGAAAGCCAUAGGACUCAGUGAAAACAUAACUGAUGAACUUCAAAACCUUAUUCACUUCAUGUCAACUACCACUAACAGAAAAAGUAAAUUCAAAGCAGAGGUCGGUUUGGGAAUAUCAAAGUUUACUCAGACACAGUCAACACAUGGGAUGUCAUCAGUUGAAGACAUCAUAGAGUACGAUGUUUCUGUUGACAAAGAUGGUUCCAACAUGCAAGUAAGCCUUGAAAAUACACUUUCAAAUGUGAGGAAAUCACACAGUUGCUUAGAGAUCUGUGAACCAGCCAAUAGCACUACCAAACUUGGCAAAAACAAAUCUGGCCAGUCUCUUUUAAAAGAAAAGUCAUUUUAUUUGACAGAAAUUGUUACUUCUAUUGCCAGGAGUUUAGUGACUUCCAAAGAAUUUAAAAAGCAUAUUCAUGGAAUAAGAGUCCCUAAGCUGUCAGCUCACAAAGGUACACCUUCACAGAUAAUGGAGUCCACGGAUUCACAGUCACCUCAUGUAGAAUUUGAGACACAGGACUUUAGAACCCCAAAGAUAAAAGUAGAUAAUGAUGAGGUAAAUACAGACAUAAAAUCUGUCUAUCCAUGUAUGCCAAUUCAACAUAUAAAAACAGAGUUAUCGCAUAAAAUAUGGGAUAUUUAUAGAAAAUCUGCAAAAGGAAAUUGCUUGGACAAAGCAAUCAUGAAGAGGAAAGAGGAGUUUGGACAGCCAAUUUUGUUUAAAAUAGCUUCACAGAAAGUGCAGCCAUUUGAAGCAGAUCAAAAGAGACAACCUGAUCCUUUCAAAUCAGAAGUCUUUUCAGCUAACAUGGUGCUCCCCAAAGACACCAUGCUUCAGAAAAAAGCUGUUUAUUUAAGAGACCAAGAAAGAACCACAAAAGCUGGAGACAAGCUUAGCCAAGAGGUUGUCCUUUCUUGUAAUGAGCAUUCUCUUCACGUUGAAAAGCAGAACAAUGAAUUUAAAACAGGUUGGAAAACAUCCUCAUCUUUUGCCCUGCUCAAGAAACAGGAAAAACCUACUACUAUCUUAGGACCUAUGUGGAGGUCUCAUGCCAGUGACCAUACCUAUCUUGAAACUAUAAGACAAAAAGAAAAGGUAAAAAUAUCAAAUGUGAAAAGUGCUUUGUUUGCCAAACAAACAAAGCUGAAGGCAAAGAAAAUACCAGUUUCUCUCCUCCUUGGACAUGGGGGCAGAAGCAAUAGAAACGAACUAGGACAUAGCAUGCAGCACCAGAACAAAUCAGAGCUGAGGAGAAAUAUACAAAGCCUGGCUCUAAAAGCUAAUUUUGACCCUGGGUGCUUUAUAUCCCCAGUUAAAAAGCUUACCAGAGUAAAACUGGAAAAAGACAAGCCGGAAGAGAGAAAGAACAUUCCUUCACAGAUAAUUCUGAAGACACCAUCUAACCAAAGGCAAAUGUCAUGGUCAGGAGGUGUUGAUGUAUCUAGAAAACUAGAAGAAAAUAUUAAACAGGCACAUGAUCAUAGCUCUUUCAGGGACAUUAACCAACAAUUUAUGCAACAAUUUUGGGUUAAGUCAGAACACUCUUACAAACCUUCUGGUUUACAAAGAGGGAUGAACUCUGAAUUAGCUUCACAGAAAGUGGAAACUGAUAGUCUUGGGCUAGAUAACUCAAAAGCUAGAAGAACAAAAGUCUACAGUGUCCCACAAGACAGCCUACAACAUGAAUAUUCCCUGAAGAAAGAGACAUGUAGACCAGGAAUGGUUUUGCAGCCUAUGAAACAGUUUUCUCAUUUCAUAAUGGCAAAUGAAUUCAUAACAAAACAAGACAUCAAACCAUCAAGUCCACAAAGAAUGGGAAGACUGAAAAUAAUGGAUAAACCAUUAGAUUCGAAGGAACAAUUGGUUACUCCCGGGCUUAUGGUACAGCAACAAAAUCUUUUCAAAGAUCCUUUUCUAGGAUCCAUUUCCUCUCAUGUACCACAUCAGCCUCAUAUUGAAGAGCCAAAGGAAGACAUGAAAAUAAGUAAUAAAAUCUUAAAGAAUUUGUCCCAACAGCUGAAGAAAAUCUCAAAUGAAGAUUUUUCUGAUAUGGAUCACAUGCCAAGAAGUAUCGAAAAACUACUCUUGCUUAUUAAAGAACAGGAAAAGAGAAGAAAAAAAAGUAGAGGGGGUAAAAAAAUUGAAGUAGCAGAAGACAUAAAAACAACAAUGAGGAAGUCCAUUCCAUUUCUAAAUUAUUCACCGUCAAGAACACAAUUGAUCUACACAAAAAAGAACAGUGGUAUGUUCAUGCAAAGAGAUGGGACAGAGCCUACUAGGAGAAUGGGCACACUACAGAGAGAGCAAAGGCUGUGUGUACAAGGGAUCAGCCUAGACUAUGUUUAUACAGAUGAGUUUUCUUCCAAAGUUAUUCGUCAAAACAGAAGAAGAACAGCAUUCACAGAAAGUGUUCUGUAUCAAAAAAGGAUAAAUAUGAAGGUGAGGAAGACAACUUCUGGAAGGCUGUUUAACAUUACAGGAUACAGAACUCUUAGCUUCAGAAAGGAACUACGACAUAGCAUGAAGACACAGAAGGAGCUGCCACAAGUCAAAAUGGUGGCAGAUUUAUUUUGGAAGGAGUUGUGUGUUUCUGGCUACAUUGCAUCUCAAAUAAAAAAACUUAUAGAAGUAAGGGAGGGGAAAGGCAAAUCACAAAAGCCAUAUAUUCCUCCAGAGAUGAAGCUGAAGAAAAUGAAUAAAACUAAAAGGUUAUCGGUACCGCCAAUUGAUAACAAUUCAAUAUCAAGCACUGUCAGAAAGUCAACACAAUAUACUAUAAAGCACAAAGAACACCAAAUGGUUUUACUAGAUAUUAUCCCACAAAAUAAAGACUCAUUAAUGACUGGUCAACAGGUGAAGGAGCUUAGGCAUAUCAACUUCAAUUCCCCCUUGGAACAAGAAGCAUACCGUGUUGUGUUUCCAGAGACUAGAGAAAGUGAUUACAGUAGGCUUGAGAUUCAAAGACUCAGAGAAGUUACAGAUUUUGAAUUCUCCACUGCACAAAGCAUAAAGCAAGGAGUUCUGAAAGACUCCAUCAAACAUUCACUUUCAAUUCCACCCAGAAGAAGAGGACCCAGGGAAGCAAAUAUUUCAAGUUCCAAAGAACAUGACAUAUUUCUCAUGGAGCUGGAUACUUUCCAGAAAAAGACAUGUAAGGUGCAAGAACUGCUUAAACAAAGCACUUCCAGGGUAGGCUUGGGGUCUGUUGCCUGUCCAGUUAAGGAAUCCUUUGGCUCAGAAAACACUAAGGUACCUAAGAAAGUGGGUAUGUAUCAUAGCAUAAAAGAUAUUUCCCAUCUCUCUGUAAGAGAUACAUUAAGAAAAACUGACACAGAACUAGGUUCCAAAGCAAAGUCAUCAGUCUGCACAGAUAGAGGUACAGCUCAGAGAGACUAUACAAAGUCUAUUCAGAAACCCAGAAUCAGUCUGAAUUCUAUACAGUGCCACAAGAGGGCGCCUUUCUACUUAAAACCAAUCCUGAGUACAACAAUGAAGGACAGUGGUGUAGGGCCCAAAAGGGAUCUCAAGGGAAAAGAAAAGGCCGAACCAGCUGACAGUCCAUUAAAAUUAAACAGACAGAAAGUGGACAGUUCCAAAAAAUUGAGGCCAAAAUAUUUAAUUAUUUUUAUCCAGAACAAAGAACAAAUUCUGGAAUUUUUUUUAUCUUGUAUAUUAUAUCAACUUCAGACUGAAAAUACACAGAAACAAAUCUCAGCAAAAGCAGCUCUACAUUCAAAAUGUUUUAAGCCAGUGGUUGAAAAGACAUCAAACGAAGUAAACAUUCUAGGAGAUCAAUCUUCAAGUUCAGAAGGAGUUAGCUUGCAUACUAAGCGAGGAAAGGGUUGGCCAGAAAGUGCAACCAAGGCUUUCCCAAUGUCUAAUACUCCAUCUUUGAUGGACAUUCAUAGGAUUACACCACCACAGGUAAAGAAAGCAUUAAAAACAGUAGGUAAUCUGGACUCUCACACUUUAAAUACAGAAAAUGGAGAACAGAAAAGAAGGAUAAAAGAAUUAAACCAACACCAUAUGUCAUUUUCCUUCAAGAAUCUGGAGGAACAUAUAUUUUACUCCCCAAAUUAUUCUUAUGUUCAGUCACAUUUGGAGCCUCAGGCAAAGGAAGUAUCAUCAGAAGUAGGCAACAUAUCAAGCAGGACAAAGGAGCUAGAUUUGUCAUCUAAAGAUCAACUAAGUACUGUGUGUGAAUGUAGACCGGAGUGGAUGUUCCCCUCAGUUGUUUCAGAGCAAACAAAAGAAGAUAAGGUGUUGCUUUUGGAGUCAAGCAGUAAAAGUGUAAAAUGCCCAAGCCUUUUGUUGUCGAAAAGAAAGCAGUCAUCUGAUGGAAUCCAGAUAAGUAAAUCAGUGUCAAAUGAUAGCUUACCCAUGCUAAGAGUCAGCAAAAAUGAAUUGUUAUCACAUAAAGCAAGCAAAAAGAAGCAAGAGGAGUUAUAUCUGCCUGAGCUGUUCAUACAUUGUCUGUCAUUAUAUAUGCAGUUUUUGCAUGAAAAUGAAAAACUGAAAGGUAACAUAGAAUGUGGAGUUAUGAAAGAUAUAACACACCUUGAAAGAAAAGCCAUUAGCUUGAAGAGGUUAGAACUUCCACCGAGAAGGUGCAUUGGCUAUGCUCAAAGUGGUAAAGCAGAACCACAGUGUUACAAAAAAGAGAAAAUGAUAUGCAUGAGGCGUAGCAAGGAUAAACCAGGUUUGGUAGAAAUAAAAGCACCCAUCCCUUUACCUCAUUUCAAGUUGGAUAAAGAGAAAACUGAUGUGAUCAUCUCAAGUAAUAUAAGACAAGAAAAAUACAAAUCACAGGAAGAAGAGACUGGCAUAAAAGAAAUGAAGAUGGAUGAAGUAAUAGGCUCUAAUGUUACCUUAAAGACAGAGGACUCAACACUGUCUUUUUCAUCUAGUGGAAACAAAUUAACUUUAUGCUUCGACACUACAAAACAAGGCAGAGUACAAGAAAAGUUAAGCAAAUCAGACAUGAAACCAGCAAAAUCUUUUAUUUCAUUACCAUGUAUAUCACAUCCUAAUUUAAAUUCAAGAAUAAAAGUAGGAAAAGAUAAGUCAGAACUACUAAAGGACUGCCUUCCACCACUAAAGCCCCUGUCAUCACUGAAAGGCAGGAAAUUACCAUUUUCAAAUCCAUUUAGUGAAGAUAAUCUAUGUGGCCUAAUAGAAUUAAAUUAUCUUCCACAGAAGAAAGAAUAUAGGAAUAAUAUACCACAUCUGAAAGAUAUUGCUCGAAAGGGGAAGAAAUCACCUUCUAAAUCUUUGUUACAUGGAAAGGACCUAUGGUGGGACAAUAAAAUACAAAAAAUUAUACAGGGCAACAAAAAUAAUCUUGAUGUAGUUCAGAAUAAACCUUGGGAUUCUGUUCCUUCUUCACUUUUUCUGGAAUGGGAUCCUAAAACAAUGGAGGCAUACUUAAAAGGAAUAACAAAGUUCUGCCUUGGAUCCCCUGCAGUGUUAGAAUUGUCAGGUGCGAUAGGAAUGUACCAGGAGCUAAAUGAUGGUGUUUUAAGCAGUAUUGAAAAAGCAAAUCAUAUGUCACUGAAAGAGAAAUUGCAGAUACAGUCCAAGGACAUGAUACAUUCAAGCAGACUAUCUUUGAGAGAGAAACUGUCUUCAGCAUCACAGGAGUUACAAUUUAAUAUUGAAGAAAAGGAAAAAAAUAUACCUGAAGAUAAAAAAAUUAAGAAUUGGAACACACCUUCCAUACAUUCUCUUUCUUGCUCUCAAGUGGACACAAGAGUAAAUGGAGAGGAAGCUAUGCAAAUAAGAACCGAAUCUUCUAGUGAUUGCUCAAAGCUCCAAAGACCAUCAGAUAUACAGGGAAUUGUUUAUGAAAAGUCUGCUUUUGAACCUGUCUUGAACAAUGUAAAACAUUCCUUGGAAUCUGUAAUCCAUAAAGAAGAGAGUACAAAAACAGAAAAUAACAUACAUUUGAAAGAAAAGCAAUUAAUCGUACAGAAAAGUCAGUUAGACAUCAAAGAGCCUGGACACGAGCUACAAAUUAAAGAACUAAAUGUAACCGAUAGACACAGACACAUGUACACAGACACAUGGACACAGACAAAUGUAAAUGAAAACUUGGAUCAUUUUCAGGAAAGAAAAUGCAAACUAGGUGAGAGUUUAGCCUUGGCAUCUUUACCUCACAGUAAUUUGGACAUAGAAAUAAAAGACAAGGAGAAAACAGGGAUAAAAAUAGGAUCCUGUUCUCUGCACUCACUGAGUAUGGAAUCUUCAGAUGCAGAAAAAAUAAAUUUUUCAGCAUCUUUGAAUGGUAUCUUAAGUGAUCCAGAAAGUUCAAGAUGCUUGUCAUAUAAAGAAGAGGAUGGAGUGAAUAUAUUUGAAAGAAUCACAAUGCAUCCUACGGCCAAACAUGUGAACAGGAAGACAUCAUCUCUUUCAUAUGUACCUCAAAUAAAGAGAUUUAAAGUGGAUCUUGAAGAACAAAGUAAAAAGAAGCAUGAAAGUAGUAGGGGAAAAGUCAUACACCUGAAAGAAACAUGUUCUGUCAUCACUUCUUCAGACAUAUCAGACAUAGCAGAGGAAGUUGAAACAGAAACAAUGCAGAGCCAUGUGCCCUACCCUGUGCUACAAAAAUCAUUGCCUGUAGGGCAAGUAGGAUCUACAAAGACCACUGCCAACAGUUUUAAAAAAAGAAAACUACAUCCACCAUGGGAUGAGGAAGUACAAACCUCAGCCAUUGAUAAUUUGACAUACCUCAGUGGCCCAAUUUCCAUGACAAAGAUAUCUGCACCUCCUUGUGUGUCCAGUGUCAAGAAAUACAGAACCCUGAGCCAGAAAAGAACUUAUCGGUGGAAUACUAAUGAAAAACCAGGACAGAAACAAGAAAGAGCAAGACACUAUAAUGUAGUUGCAACAAAAUGUGAUGCUUCUAUAUCAUUGCUUACAACAGGACAAAUAGCAUGCACAAAGCAAAUUUCUAAAUAUUCAAAAAAGAGGAAAAUUCUUCCCUCAGUGCAGGAAGAAGUACAAACCCCAGCUACAGAUGGUUCAGCAUACUCUAGUGGUAUAGUUUUAAAGGCAAAGAUAUCUUCACCUACUCAUGUGUUCAGUCUCAGUGAGCACAGUAUCCCAAGAAAGAGGAAGAUUCCCCAUGGGAAAAAUAAAAAGAUAAGACAGAAGCAGGAAAAAGCAAGAAAGUUUAAUGUGUCUGUAACAAAGAAUGAUUUUUCUGUGCCUUCUAGAGUGAGUGAAGAGGAAAAUAUGCUGGGAAAAACACUAUUUUCUCUUCCACCACCAAAGGUUAAAGAUGUAUCAGACUCUGACAUAAAAACAUGCUUGAAAUCAUCAGAUUAUAUGUUAAGCAACGUAAAAGAACCAAUACAGGAAGAAGGAAAGAACAGACUCAGAAAAGACAUGAAUGAUGAAAGGAUUCCCAAAUCAAUAGAUCAAAAGGUAAAGAAACUACCACAAUCAUAUACACUCAGUAUCAAAAAAUUGCAGAGCAAAACCCAGGGAGAAAAACUUUUGGAUCUGUCAGGUACAAUUGUAAAAUUGUCUGUCUCACAAUUGCAACUCAAGAAAUUUUCAGGUUUACAGAUAACUGAUAGAAAAGUUUACAGUGAGAUUAAAUUACUGAAAGAACAUGUGCCACAGAAAGAAAAGGUAGGUAAAAAAAAGCAUGCGGGCGUAAGCAGUGUUAUAGUGCAUCCCAAUAACAUACAUUUGAAGACAAAGAGAUCGCCUAUCUUACCUAUACAGAGUUUGAAUGACUGUCAGUGGAAAACUAGAAAGCAGGGAGGAAAGGUCAAAGAAGAUAGAAGUGAGCCACGAAUAACAUUAAGUAAAAACUCAACUAAGAUAUCCACUGCCGCACCUCCCCAGCCUGUUCUUACUGUGAAUACAGGAAUCAAAGACGAAUGCUCAUCAAUGUUAACAAGACCCUCUGUUUCAAUGGGAUACUUACAGAAAUCAAUAGAUUCUGAAGAAGGAAUUUACAUUCAGUCCAUUACCGGAAAUUCUUCAAUUAGUCUUCACAGUGAAAAACAACAUGUGCCAGAGGAAAAGGAAGAGGUUGGAAUGCAAAGAGCAAAACUCAUAACUCAUAAACAUCAACCAACAAAUGUGCAGAAACUUGAAGAUGAACAAGGCUUGGUUUUGACUAAAUCUUCUUUAUUACUAGAUUUGCCUUGUCCCCAAUUACACGAGGAAACAGAGUUCAGUGACACAAAACUAAGACUAAGAAAUCCUGCUUUGCAGAGAAUAUCAACUGAAGGAGAAACAGUACCUAGAGAGGUAGGUAUCACUGUUGGUGAUACCGCAAAAGAUGUUAAAAAACAUCAUAUCCCUCAGACAGAAGAUACAUAUAGAAAAGAAAAAAUAGAAAUAAUAGACAGGAGAGGCACAGAUGUAACUUUGAAAUCCCGGAAAUCACUUCUGUCCCAGAAGCUCCACAGAACAGAACUUCACAUGCACAUUAAAGCCCCCAAACCAGAGAAGCACGAUGACAACGGCGAAUCUCGCGUUUUGAGGAAAAUGUACACUUCCAAAGCUUCUCUAACCAAUGUCACGCGGAGUAAAAGUGUACAAGUAGUUGAAGUCAACCAUCUUCUAGAUGGUUUAGAGAGCAAAUCUUCUCUACUCCCACAAAUUGUUCCAGUAUUAUCAGAAACAGAAAAAAUGACACACAAGGAGGACAUGUGUACUAAUGUCAGAAAAGGAAAGCAAUACCCAAAUCAGAGAGACAAAACAGUAGACUUGACAAUUGAGGUGCCUUGCAAAAAGGCAAAGGUCUCACCAAUUUCACAUCUUCUUAAUGCAAACGAAUUUGUCCUAAAUAUGAAAGUUCUGGAGAAAAAAGUACACAAAAAUAAAAGUGAACUCACUGUGGUUGCAUCACGGACUUUCUUGUCCAUACCAUCAGCAGAUUCUAGUUAUUUGCAGGACAAAAUACAGACAGGCACAACACGAUUUACAAAAUCUCCCCAUCCACAAGAAAAUUUCCGAGAACCAGCAGAUGCCCAGGACACAGCAAGCAGAGGGCUAGCUGAGAUUGAUUUUAAGUGUAUUGUUAAGGCAACACAACACAAUGUGCUACUGAAACAAAACAGGCCACAGAAAUCAAAGAGUAUGACCAGUGCCCUGCGAAUAAGUCAACAGCCACGUAUCAAAUCAGAAUGUAAGACAACCUUCCCACAUCAUAAAAUUGAUUUCACAAGAUUAGGUACUAUAAUAGGGGAAAAAGUACUGGACAUGUCCUACAAAUGGCAAAAGGGUCAGCAAGGAAAAUAUAAAAAAGAAUCUUCAACUAAAAUUUUAAAUUGGAAGAAGGAAAGUGAAAUCAAAGAUAAUUUAAGUUAUAAAACUAAGUUUUCAGUUUCUCCAUUCUUUUCUUUAGAAAAGAUACCACUUAAAAAAUUGAGCAUUGUCCAUUCAAGUAAAUCUCAAGACAGUGAAAAACAGAAUGUGAUGAUGAUAGAGCAAGUUAAGCCAAAGUCCGUUCCUUUUCUCAAUGUUCUAGUUCCCAGCAGAAAUCAGUGGACACCUUCACAAAUAAAUGUGGAUAAAAAAACUGUGGUGAGUAUCAGUCCACAAACCCAGUCAAUGGUACAUAUGAGUGCUAAGGAGUUUUGUGACACAAAAAGGGAAGAUUCACCACUGAUUGUUACUGCAAAGAAAAGCCUUCAAGGACAACAAUUGCUUCAAACAAACAACCUCAAGUCAUUGUACGCCUAUAUUCCUAUUUGUCCUAAAAGCCAGAAAAACCGAUUCACAGUCAUAAAUCUGAAAAGAGAAUUGAAACCCAAAUAUUCAACUAUGAGAAUACCAAAACACCCAAUUUCAAAGAUGCUUGGUAUCAUAGGAUCGGGUAGCCCAAACAGGAAGAGGAAGUCAGAAUAUGCCAUCAACAAAUCAAAACCCAUAGUUCCAAGGAGUAAAGAUACCUCUUCAGGAAUCAUUAUCAGAAGUCUUUUUGUUUCCACGAUAAAUCCACCUCACAAUGAAAGAAUAGUUGAAUCAAAAACAAAUUUAAGAAGGGAAGUGAGAGUCUGUCAUUCUAAAUCCCAGGAGAAAUUACCAGAUGCUAGAAAAAUUAAGGACAUCUUAAUACAAAGAAACUCAUUUGACACAGGGGAAGCUGCUCCAGGAACUGUGUCCACAACAUUUCGAGAUAAAAACGAUGAAAACCAAACACUUGUAGAACAUUUGUUUCCCAUUUAUAAAAUGCUUAAAGGUGUCUUUGAAGUCCCUGUUGAAAAGAUCCAAAACGAAGUUCAUUCUGAAAUUCUGGAGGAAGUAGAAGCCUACAAGCCUGGUGAUACAAAGGCAUCUCCUUUGCCAGAGAGUCCAGACACAUCAUCAAAACUAUAUGCCACAUUGCUACAUACACCUCUUUUAAAACAGCUUACUCCAGAAUUAAAAAAUAAGCUUACUAUGCAUUUAGUUUCUAAAGCAACUGAGAUAAAACUAAAUCAGAUACCAGAGAUGGUGAACACAUCCUUACAAAAGUAUGACUCUCACCCCCAAGGAACUAUUUCAGAAGAUUACAGUUACAAGUUUUAUCUGAAAGACAGAAAAAUGAAUUUUAAAUAUCCAAAAGUUGAUAGUAUAAGUGCCAACUUAAAAAACAAUUAUGGAAUAAAUUUUCGUCCUCUCAGCUGUAUGAAGACACCAACAACUAAUGUUUCAAGUAGCAACAAGAAGGCCAUGACAGAACCAAAGGACAUCAAAAAGCAACGAAGUGUAAAAUCUUUAGCAAGUUUGAGUAAUCUCCCCUUGAUUCAUGUUCUCCACAAGUUCUCAGAGAAAGAAAAGGACAACCUUCUUGUGCAUCUUUGUACAAAAACAGUGGAGAUACAAACAACACGCCUUCCCAGAAUAGCUGCACAAUCUUAUGCGAUAGCCAAUGGCCAGGAUAAAUCAAAACCCUUAUUUAAGUGUAUCCAUUCUGCCACGAAAGGGCCAAAACGAACAAACCGAGUUUUAGUACUUUUUGAUGAAAAAUCUUUUUGUGAAAUCGACUGUGAUUUGCAACACAAAUACCUCCGCUCGCUCCCUAACCCUUCUGUCACUGUGGUCUCUAUGCCAAAUGCACUUCCCAAAAACACUUCCGAGAUAAGUAAGGGUUCAGGUUCAGAAUCUAAAAAAGUAGAUGAUAGUGAGGAAAGUAGUACUCUUUCCUUUGACAAAGAAUUUUCCCAACGUGUUUCUUUCCCAAAGGUAAAUCCACAAGAAAGUUCAUUAUGCUUCAGAAAAUUCCAAGAGUCAAUUAAUAUGCCUGCCUUUUACCCUGAUCUACAUGGCACUGAACAAAAUGAUAUAAUUCUUUCAGAUUUAAAAUUACAGACGACACCAGAAAAGAAUAAAAAAUGUCAUGUAUGGUUUCAAGAAACCAGUGAAUACCAGCAUUCUGUUUCAGGAACUCAACGAAAUACUGCUGAUUUAGUCCAUUCACAUUCAUCUUGGAUUUCUGGUGAUUGGAUGAAUGUCCCCCUAAAUACUGAGACUUCAACUGACCUGGUAGAAUGCCAAGCUCUUGAAGAAAGUAACAGUGAAGAAUGUGUGUUUAUAGAAACCAAUUUUUACUUAACUCAGGAUUCACAGAAUUUUCUGUCUCAGGUACCUAAAAGCAUUCCAUUGGCAGAUAUUCACAUAGGUGAUAAGGCAACUUAUUUGAAACCAUUUUCCUAUGAAAAUCCAAAUGACAGCCAUAUUAGAACCCAUAAAAAACCUACCUCCCCUGUGGCACAACCUUUUUAUCAGUCUCAAAAUAGCAGGAAAUGUAGUUCUAACUCCAAAACUCAGCCUUCUGACUGGGUGUCUCACAGUUCAUCCAGUACUGUGGAAAUUGAGUCUACAUCAUCUUCCAUAAUGUUCAGUGAAGAAAAGCAUUGGACUAAGACCACAUGGAGCAGAACAAGCUACUCUUUAACCUCUUCAACAACGGAAUCAAGUAUUAAAUUGAGUCUUGCUAAAAACCAUGGCAAGUCUCACAUGUAUCCACAACUCAAGGACAGAAAGAAGACUAGAUCUGAUUUAUGCAGAAAGUCCAGUAUCUACCGGAGCUCACAUUACAGCCACUUACACAGUAAAGAGAAACAGACAAUGAAGAAGAGACAAACCAAUCAGAUGCCAGAGCCAAAUGCCCACUGGCAGAACAUCAAAUUCUAUUCAGAAAGAAGAGAAAACCAGCCCUUUUUUUAUGUUUGUGUACCAGCAGAUUCAAUGGAUGUUAUUCCCCAAACCAUUCGCUGGGUUAUUCCCCCAAAAAUUUUACAAAAGAGAAACUUCCACACUCCUAAGGUGGCAAAUAUUUCAAAUUCUUGGAAUUUAUGGAGUUCAUCCAAGAAGUUGUUGGGGUCACUUACCGGGGCCUUUAAUACAGUCCGUUAUGGUUAAUAUCAACUAUACGUGGAUU